GUCAAAUACAUACUAGUUUCCCUGCCCGGCGACAAGCUUACAUUGACUUCGCACAAUCGCAGAAGUCAGAGACUGCGGUAGAUUCCUUCAAGAGCAACAGUAUGGCUUUCCCAUUUGGACGACGCCGUAAACAUGUUCCUGUGACCUGGCAGCAGCGAGCGGCUGCGGUGGUGCUUACAAUCCUAACAGUGAUACAGACGCCGCUGUUCUCCUACAAGAUUACCUACUCGGAUGACAGCGUCCGAACCCGAACCUGGUCCUUGCCAGAGAUCGUGGCUGUGGGCCUGCUGCGCACGAACGCUGAGUCGUAUGCUUGGUACGCGCGCGCGGCGCUCAUGCCCGGCAUCUUCACGCGGACGGCCCUGCUGCAACUGGACGCGUGUGUCAUCCAGCCCAGCGACGCCUGCAAUUGGUCCGCUCUGAAGGACUUUGACGCCAUGUGGGCCCUGGCCGACUAUAGUGACCAGGUGCCGGUGUUCGUGGAGCAGCUGGGCGAGUACCGGCAGUACAUGCAGGCAUUCGCGGCAAUGGCCACGGUCUUCUCCUUCUCCAGCAUCUUCAAGGACGGCAUCAUGGGCCUCUUUCUGGGCUACGGCGGCGUGAUGUUCCUGGCCAGCAGGUCGGGCUGCGACGUCAACGGCGGCACCGUCAUGUGCGUGGUAGCGGUGCUGACGGCCUACGUCAUGUUCUCCAAGGCGGGAGAGGAGGAGCCGGCGGAGGCGGCGCCGGCGGCUGCGACAGCGGCUGUGGGUGCGGGGUCGGCUGUGCCGCUGAUCACGCCCGCGAAGGAGGUGAAGAAGACCAAGUAGUUGUGCGGGGUUGCCGGCGGUGCGCGGUGAUGUAGGUGUUUAGGGGCGCUGGCGGGUGGUUGCGGGUGUGCACCGGCGGUGCUAACACGUGCACCGCCCAGACACCCAGCGGAAGGCGUAGCAGGGCUUGCCACUGGGGCUGCUGAGGCCGCGCUUCGGGAGUUCACUGUUCCGCAGAGAGUACCUUGAGCGCGUGCAUGGGACGGGUGGUGCACGGGUGGUGGGUGGGCAGAUGGCAGGGGCAUGCUGGAUGCAGGACCGAAUGACAAACCCGUUUUGUGACUGGAACUCGUGAUCAUACCAGAUCCUGUAUAUGGAUUCAAGUGACUGCUAAUAAAGAGCUCGCUGUAAGCUUGUGUCGGA